AAAAACACCCAUCCCCCUCUUUUUUCCCCAAUUCUGCAAAAAAAAUCCAAUUUCCAGAAUCAAAAAUCAAAAUUUCCGGAAUCAGAAAAUCAAAAACUUUCAAUUCAUCUGCACCGAUUCAUUCAUCUCUCUCUCUCUCUCUAGAUUAUUAUUCAACAAACACUUCUCCUGAAAAUAUCCUUAUCACACACACAUAUACGUCAAUUGCGCUUUCAAUUUCGUUAAUUUUGAUCACAUAAACGGUGCAUCUAGGGUUUUCGACCACUCCGAACGAGUUUUUUUCACUUUUUUUGUUGAUUUCUAGGGUUCUUAAGUUAAUUUCUUGGUUUAGGUUGUUGUUUUUGAAGUAAUUUGUGGUAAUGUGUUGUUUGUGAUCGGUUAUGUUGGAUUUUAGGAUAGGAGGUUAGGGUUUUGGGGGUGGAUUUAGGGUUAGGGUUUGUUUAUUAGGGUUUGGGAUUAUGGAGACCGAGGUUGAAGAAGGAGAGGCUUGUUUUGAGGAGAAUGAUAAGGAUAUUGACCCGGAUACAGCUCUCUCUUACAUUGACAAGAGGCUUCAAUCGUUGUUGGGUCAUUUUCAGAAAGAUUUUGAAGGCGGGGUUUCCGCAGAAUCAUUGGGGCCAAGAUUUGGUGGGUACGGGACGUUUUUACCCUCAUACAAGAAUCCUCCCCCAGUCCAUUCUCAUAGCAAAGCUCCGAAUCCCAAUAAACUGAGUUCACCGAAUACUUUUCGGUUGGAGGGUGCUUCUGCUUCCUUAAAUCCAGUCACAUGUACAGAUGUAUCUGAUGAUCAAAAUGUUUCAUCUGCUGAUGUCAUGGCAAGCAAAGAUACGUCUUUAUCGCAUGGUGAAACAUGCUUUAAUAAAAAGAAAACCGCCACAAAUAAAUCGGUAAAUCCAACUGAGCAAAGAUCGCUAAAGGUACGGAUUAAAGUUGGUUAUGAUAAAUCUUCACUAAAAAUUGAUGAGAUUUAUAGUGGUCUUGGACUUCUUACUCCAUCUUCCUCAACGGGAAACAAUACCGAGGUUGGUGGUGGACCGCCAGCUGGAUCUCGUGAUACCCCUUUUGCUUCUCCUGGCGGCAUACUUGGUGAUAUGACGUCUAUAUUCGUCCCUGGAAACCGACUGCUUUCACCACUAAAUGAGAGUCUAAUGUGCUUAAAAAUUAAGGCUAAAGCAAGUUCGCUAAACAAAAGUGCAGGUUUUGAGGAUAACAAGGCUCCAGUUUCAGAAAGAGGCACGGAAACAGAAUCGGUUGACUGUAAACAGGGUUUGGUCAAUGAUUUCAAAGUCAAACCGUCAUCUGAUUCUGUAAUAUCUGAAGCAAAUCGAGCAGAUAAGAAAGACGUUCCCUUAAAGAAAAGAGAAACAAAAAGAGAACUGGUGAGCGACCAGUUAUUUGGCCGUGAAUUUACGAGCAAAGAGUCAGAUGAAAUCUGUGUGCAGAAAAAUGUCAAGAAGCUUUCAUCGGAUUCUACAAUAUCUGAAGCAAAUCGAGCAGCUAAGAAAGACGUACCUCUAAAGAAAAGAAAAACGAAAAAAGAACCGAUAAGCGACGUAUUGUCUGGCCCUGAUUUUACAAGCAAAGAGUCGGAUGAAAGCUAUGAGCAGAAAAACGACAAAAAGCUUUCACUUGAUUCAAGAGGAAUCAGACAUAUUGUUUGUAAAAACGACCCUGAUGUUAAUAAGCACGAGACAGAUCUUUUCGAAAAGAAAGUUCGUCCAAAAAUGCUUAAAGAUAUUGAAAAAUUGCCAUCUGGAAGAAAAAAUAAGUUAACGGGCAUUCAAACAAAGGAAAACUCGAGGUCUAGUCUUUCUGGAGGUAUGAAAGACAAGAAAAGCGUUUUAAAAGAUGUUGUAAAGGUACGUAAUAGCUAUAAAGAUAUACUUGACACUGAUGGAGCAAUAGAAGUAGCACAUGUUGAGAGAAUGGGAAUUCCUGCUGAGGUGGCAGUCCCUCGGCAAACAGAAGUGGGUAUUUCUGCUGAGGUGGCAGCCCCUCAGCAAAUUGGAGUGGCUCCUGCAGUCCCUCCGGACAAUUGGGUAGGAUGUGAUCGUUGCGAGAAGUGGCGACUCUUGCCGAUCGGUGUUGAGCCGGAUAAUCUGCCUGAUAAGUGGCUGUGUAGCAUGUCAACAUGGCUGCCUGGAAGGAAUCAUUGUGAUAUCAGUGAGGAUGAAACCACUAGGGCGGUUCAGGAAAUGAACCUUCAACUAAUUUUUCAGAACCAGAACAACCUUCAGGAUAAUCGCAGUAGGGGUAACAUUGGUUAUUCUGAUCAUACUAACUCAAAUGUGAAUUUUGACCCCAUGGCUAAUAAAUCUGAAAAGAUUAAGUCCAGACCCGCAUGCAGCGGCUCCAGUUUGAUAGAUACCUCACAUUCAUCAAUGGAUGUUCAGCAGCAUAGUAGACAGAGAAGAAAAGGUUUGACUGAAACCAGCCAAACGUUGCGCGAGAAAAACGGGGCUGUGAAGGCUAAAAAGUUAAAAAGUGAUACGUGGACUGAUCAACAUGAGAUUGUAACUUCAAAUAAGAUCAAUGGAGAUCUUCGGCCUAAGGACAGAUUAGUAAUUUCAGUCAAGGGUCAUACGGAAAACGCUCCAGUGUCCAUGAAGAGUAAAUUAUUGGAUAAAAAGGUCGAAAUUCCUGCAAAGAAAAGGAAGUUGAAAGACUGGCAGGAAAGUCAACCUUAUGCAAACACGUUGGAAAGUAGCGAAGAUAGAAUAAAAGUGAAAGAUAAGCGAUUGAAGACGGAGGUAAAGGAGUCUACUGAUGACGUAUCUUUUAAUAAAGGAAAAACGAUGAAAAUCAGAUUAUCUACCAGUAAAGAGAAUUUAAUUGACACUAACCAUGAGAAAUUAUCGGAUAAAAAAGUGGAAAUUCAUGCGAAGAAAAGGAAGUUGAAAGACUGGCAGGAAAGUCAACCUAAUGCAAAUGCGUUGGAAAGUAGCAAAGAUAAGAGGUUAAAGACUGCGGUGAAGGAUUCUAAAGAUGAUAGAUCUUUUAAUCAAGGAAGAACAAUGAAGAUCAGAUUAUCUGCUAGUAAAGAGAAUUUGGUUGACAGUAAAAAGGAUUUGGAGUCGGAACGCGCUAUGCUUGUUGCGACUUCAAGUUCUUCGAAGAUUUCCGGUUCUGGUAGAAAGGCUAGCGUGCAAGAACGGAAAGGGUCACCCGCAAGGUCGGUUUCGUCAUCUUCUAUUAGAGCUCUUAAUCCCGACAAUAUUUCACCUGCUGCUGGAAGAACUAUUCCAAGAAAAGCUGUUAGGACUGAAAUCCCAAGAAAGGAUAUUGAUGCAAGUCAAAGUCAAAGUCAAAGAAGUGGUGGAAAAGUUGAUGCGAAACAUAAAGAAUCCUUAAAGAUUAGAAGCAGUCAUAUUAUGAGCAUGAAAGGAGAUGCUAAUGGUGCUAAAGAUAAAGAUGAAAGAUCAAAUUUCGAAAAAAUAACGGAAAACACGUCUGAUCCAUUGACUGGUCAACUUAAUAAGUUAACAAGGGUUGAAGUGGAUGGUGGUGCUAAGAUCGUUAAUAAUGGUGAUACGUGCAUCACAGAAAUGAACCCGGCUGUAAAAAAAGAUGUAAAGAAGGUUUUUGUGAGCGAUAUGUCAAAUGCAAAAGACUCGGGAGAGCCAAAAGUGGAGGUACAAGCGUUUGAUGGUUCUGGUCAAAAUCAGUCAAAGGUUGUGAAACAUCCGGGAGGUGCUGCUAAUCAGAAUGCUAAUGUUGUAACGAACUGUGGUACUAUAAAGGAUCUCAGUGUUGUAAGCUUCUUGAAGGAGUUUUCUUCUAGUCAAACUGCUUUGACUCCCUUCAAAAGAGCAGAGGAGUCGAAGGACUAUGCUGACCGUUUAAAGAUAUCUGGGUUUGAUUAUGAGUGUAAUGAUGCAUACUUUGACUCUGCUUUGAAGUAUCUUUAUGCUGCUUCUCUUCUGGAGGUCUGCACUGCUGACAUCAGCAAAUCAAAAGGAGUAGAUCCAAUCAGCGGUUACACAACUUCAGCAAAACUUUCCAAAAUUUGUGCUCUAGAAUAUGAGAAACGAAAGGAAACUGCUGCUGCGGCACUGGCCUAUAAAUGCAUGGAAGUAGCAUAUAUGAGGAUAGUCUAUUGCAAGAGUUUGCUGACUAAGCAAGAUUUGCAAACGAGUAUGCAAAUGGUCACUCAAGUUUUGUUCACCCAUGCAGGCGAGUCACCGUCAUCUUCUGCAUCUGAUGUUGAUAAUUUAAACAAUCCAGUAACAAUGGAUAAAACGUUGUUGUCUAAGAACAUUGCACCUCUUGGAAACACAUUAGUUGUUAAAAAUCAAGCCAACUUGAUGAGGCUGCUUGAUCUUACAAGUGAUGUAAGUCUUGCAAUGGAAGCUUCUACGAAAUCACAGAAUGCUUACAAAGCUGCUAGUGCGAUUCUAGAAGAAUCUCCAAACAACGAGACACUGAUUUUAGUCAGACGCGUGGUUGAUUUCAGCUUCCAAGAUGUAAAAGAAAUUGUGUGUUUGGUACAAAACACACGCGAGGCCAUUAAUCGUCAAGGUUUUAAAGGUAACAACAGGCGGUAAUUGGCAGCCGCCAAGCUGUAAAUAACAUUAUGCCAUCAUUUUUGACCUAUCUGUACAAAACAUGAUCGAGAUCGGAAUGAGUACAAUAUAAGAGUUUUAUCAUUUUUGACCGAGGCAAACGAUCACCUUUUAGCACUUAGUGAUGGUGUUUGGGUGUAUCAGAUGAAUAUAUGGAGAGGCUUUAUUGUAGGAUACUGCUGUUAUAACUUCAUACAUCUAAUUGGUGGUGUUUUUUUACGUUAUAGUGUUUAGAACUCUUUUAUAGGUUUGCAACA